CCGGCCAGCAAUUCUCAAUCCCACCGCUGAAGGUGCAGGGACCACCGAAAUUUGUCAUUCAUUCAAAGGGCGUACACGGUCAACGCCUUUCGCCUCCAAGGCUUGACCAACACCGACCGCCUCGCAGCGGACCCUCCACCAUGUUCCGUCGCGCGCUCACCCGCAGGGUGGCCAUCGUAGGCACAGCGAUCCCCGUAGCGGGUUAUGCCUACUGGAGGUGGAGUCAACCCCCAAAGCCCAUCAUGGAUGACAAUCGUCCCCCACCUCUCUGGACCCCACCGUCGCGUAAGCAGAUGUUGGAUGGGCUCAAGGCAGCGGGACGUGAUGGCGAGGAACUCGAUCUGUUGAUUAUUGGAGGAGGUGCGACGGGUGCUGGUGUGGCUGUUGACGCUGCCAGCCGUGGGCUGAAAGUUGGAAUGGUGGAGCGAGACGACUUCAGUUCUGGUACUUCGUCAAAAUCUACCAAAUUGGUGCACGGUGGCGUACGCUAUUUGCAGAAAGCUGUCAUGGAACUCGACUAUGAGCAGUACAAGCUUGUCAAGGAAGCUUUGCGCGAGCGUCGGGUCUUCCUGUCAACGGCACCUUACCUCAGCAAUAUGCUUCCAAUCAUGUUGCCGCUUUACCAAUGGUGGCAGCUGCCGUACUAUUACGCUGGUUGCAAGAUGUACGACUUUCUGGCUGGUGGCGAGAACAUGGCGAGCUCGUAUAUCAUGCUCAAGGAGCGUGCCUUAGAGGCAUUCCCUAUGCUGAAACCCGACAACUUGGUCGGUGCAAUUGUCUACUAUGAUGGACAACACAACGACUCGCGAAUGAAUAUGGCGCUUGUCAUGACGGCAGUUCACUACGGAGCCAUGGUCGCCAACCACACAGAGGUUGUCAAGGUAAACAAGACCGUAUCGCCGGAUGGCAGCGAGCCGAAGGUCACUGGUGCUCGUAUUCGGGAUAACAUGACUGGCGAAGAAUGGGACGUAAAGGCAAAGGGUGUCAUCAAUGCAACCGGCCCAUUCGCCGACGGUGUUCGCCAACUCGACGAUCCCACGGUCAAGCCAAUCGUUGCUCCCUCCGGCGGUGUGCACGUAACUCUUCCGAACUACUACUCUCCGCGCACCAUGGGUAUGCUCGACCCUCACACUUCUGAUGGACGCGUCAUCUUCUUCCUCCCUUGGCAGGGCAACACCAUCGCCGGUACGACUGACAGCCCUGUUCCGGUGGAGCACGAGCCUAAGCCGAAGGAAGAGGAGAUCGAGUGGAUCUUGGACGAGGUCCGGCGUUACCUUUCACCUGAUAUACAGGUCCGCAGAGGUGAUGUGCUCUCCGCCUGGGCAGGUAUCCGUCCACUUGUGAGAGACCCAGCUGCAAAGAACACUGAGUCUCUCGUUCGCAACCAUAUGAUCAAUGUCUCUCCUUCCGGUCUGCUCACCGUCGCUGGAGGUAAAUGGACCACGUACCGAGAAAUGGCCGAAGAGACUGUCGACACGGCUGUCAAGGCGUUUGAUUUGAAACCGGCUUCUCCGUGCAAAACCCAAGCCGUCCGCCUUGUUGGCGGCCACGGCUGGACAGACACGAUGUUCAUCAGGCUGAUUCAACAGUAUGGACUUGAAACUGAGGUUGCGCAGCACUUGGCGAGCACCUACGGCGACCGCGCAUGGACUGUCUGCUCUUUAGCAGAGCCAACUGGCUUGCAUUGGCCCCUCCACGGACACCGCAUCUGCGACCUGUAUCCCUAUAUCGACGCUGAAAUCCUCUACGGAGUGCGGUACGAGUAUGCCCUGACUGCUGUCGACUUCAUUGCUCGCCGUACUCGUUUGUCCUUCCUGAAUGCGCAGGCCGCGCUCGACUCUCUCCCGACCGUUAUCAGCGUUAUGGGCGACGAGCUCGGCUGGGGUGUCAAGAGGCGCAGGCAAGAAUGGAUUGCCGCACGGAAUUUCUUAGAUAGCAUGGGUCUAUCCGAAAGCGAAGCAUCCAGGACUCCGCCUCCACUGAUCGGCGGUCCUACGUGGCUACAGCAUAUUACCAAGCUAUUCCCCUGGUCCUCAACGGGCUCUACGUCUGGUGGGAAGUACUCCCGCGCCACCUUCUCCGCCGAGGAGCUCGAUCGCCUGAAAAAGGUGUACGAUACUCGCGAAGAUAAAAUCAAACCUCUUGAGAAAGAAGACCUGCACAAGGUCUUAGAGGCCAUGGGUUUCAAGGACAUCCAGCCCGCCACGAUGGAAACGCUAGUACCAGAGCUGACGAUCAGGAAGGGCAGAGCACUGCAGUGGGAAGAUUUCUUGGAUGCAUGUGCGAACUUGAAAGAGUUGUCAUUCCGUGAGGGUACGCCUUCUCAUCUUGCUUCCGAGCAGAGGAAGAACAUACCCGUCGAAAAGUCCGGUGGUGGUGUGUAAGGGGAAGGAUGACCGUUAGUAACACAGUAAUAUGACUAGAUGCGAUACGGAAGGGCCACUUGAGCGAUUCCAUUGUAUUUUGGAUUGCAUUGUUAUUAGUACACUAGUUGACCUUUUCCGAAUGAUCAAUAACUCCG